AUGCUGCUCGGUGGCCCGGCUCGGACACGUCUACGCGUGUCCGUAAAAUCGAUUCUACGGACAGGAACCAAGAACUCCUACUCCUCCAAGGGAUCUACAUCUGAGUCCAGGUCAUCCUCACAAUUGACAAAAUAUAUCGCAGCAGCCAGUUUGAUUACUACGCCCGGCAUUUGGUGGAUAUCUACGAGCACUGAUGACGAUACAGCACGCGACGACGUGCCACACUUAGAUGGUCCGCCAGCCAAGCACUGGUCAGUGGAGCCCGGGCCUUCGCAAGAUCAAAUUACGCGAAUAAUAUCGAAGGGGGCCUAUUCAUACCAAGUCAGGCGCAUUGCGGGCGUCUACAGGUACGAUGGCGCUCAAUUGGCUUCUAAUAGCCCGUGUGAGGACCGCUUCACACAUGGGAAAUUUCCAUCCCCGUGGGAUGAAGACAGCCAAUGGAUGGCCUGGGGUGUCUUUGACGGACACCUGGGCUGUCAAACAGCGGAAUUGCUAGAAAGGCAGCUCUUACCUUUCGUCCGACAUAGCCUUAUCCAAGCCAAGAACAUGCUACCGCCAAAUCAACAUCCCUUUACCGAAGAAGUAGUACAGCGCGCUAUUAGAAAGGGGUUUGUGGAUCUCGACAACUCUAUUGUCAAAACAGCACCAGAUACGUGCCGGAGUGACGAUUCACUGCCAGAGAAGCUCCAGAAACUGGCGCCCGCUUACGCAGGUUCAUGCGCGCUGCUGUCAAUAUACGAACCCCAGACGAGCACGCUACAUGUGGCCUGCACUGGCGAUUCAAGAGCAGUUCUGGGGCAGAGACAACCAGAUGGCAGAUGGGUAGCAAUGCCCUUGUCAGUAGACCAGACUGGAAACAAUGAAGAAGAGAUCGCGAGGGUUUAUGAGGAGCAUCCUGGUGAAGACGGAAUCGUGAAAGAUGGACGAGUGCUCGGGCUCAUGGUCUCACGCGCCUUUGGCGAUUGCCAAUGGAAAUGGCCCUUGCAUUUCCAGAAGGACAUGCAGCAGCGAUUUAACGGCCCAGGACUUCUGCCGCCGAGGUAUGACGUUCAAACGCCGCCGUACCUCACAGCGGAACCCGUUGUGACCAGCACACGAGUGGACCCCGCGACUCCGUCAUUCUUGAUCAUGGCAACUGAUGGAUUGUGGGAUAUGAUCUCGAGUCAGCAAGCAGUUGAUCUAGUGGGGAAAUGGAUGGAAUCGGAGACAGCUCGUCCGGGUCAUAACACUGAACCAAAUUAUCGACCCGUCGACUUUGGUCAGUUAGUCGAAGGGGAGCGUUGGAAAUUCAUGGAGGAGAGGACAACAGUCCAAGACAACAAUGCCGCCGUGCAUCUGUUGCGUAACUCCAUCGGCGGAAAUCAUCACGAGUUGAUCGCAGGCCGACUUGCCUCCAGCUACCCAUCCUCCCGGCGUCUACGAGACGAUACAACAGUGCAGGUGGUAUUCUUUAAUAUUGCAGAUGUGAAAAAAUGA